UUCAUCACUGCAUUUUCUCAAUUUCCGAUUUUCUUUUUCCUCUUCCUCUAAAUCUCGUUUUCGAUCUUUCCUAUUUUACAAUCAUAACUCCAAACCUUCUAGAACCUUUCGCAACCUCAAUCAGUCGGAGAUGAGCAACGGGAAACUUUUUAGCAUCGAAUCUUUCGAGCUCAAGUUCCCCUUUGAGUUGAAGAAGCAGAUCUCGUGCGCUCUCCAAUUGUUCAAUAAGACUGAUAGCUAUGUAGCUUUCAAGGUGAAAACAACUAAUCCGAAGAAGUAUUGUGUUCGUCCAAACACAGGAAUUGUCUUGCCACGAUCAACAUGUGAUAUUAUGGUUGCCAUGCAGGCGCAAAAGGAAGCGCCACCUGAUAUGCAAUGCAAGGAUAAAUUUCUUCUUCAGAGUGUGAAAACUUUUGACGGUGCUUCUACAAAAGAUAUCAAUUCAGAAAUGUUCAACAAAGAGGCAGGGCAUUUGGUUGAGGAGUGUAAAUUGAGAGUGGUGUAUGUUUCUCCACCUCAACCACCAUCUCCAGUCCCAGAAGGUUCCGAGGAAGGGUCAUCGCCUAAAGGUUCUGUUUCAGAAAAUGGGAAUGUCAGUAGUGUUGACUUCACACAAGCAUCAAGAGAAUUUACUGAAAGAUCCGAUACUCAAGACAAAUAUGCAGAGGGAAGGGCUCUUAUCACAAGAUUGACUGAAGAAAAAAGUAAUGCAAUUCAACAGAACAACAAGUUCCAUCAGGAACCGGAUCUUCUGAAGCGUGAAGGCAAUAAAAAUCGCAGUGGAGUCUCCUUUAUCAUUAUUGUAUUAAUUGGCUUACUUGGCAUGAUUAUGGGGUAUCUCAUGAGGAAGACCUAAUCAAUUCUGCAAUUUGAUCUCUCUUUCUUCUUACUCCAUUUUUGUUUCUAUUUUUUGGUCUCGGAUGGAUAGCAUUCUGGAAGUAGAAAACAUUGGGGAAUGUCAUAGGUAUAAGAUUGCCCUUAUUUGGGACUUGGCUCAUACUUUCGGUACAUGAAUUCCUUUCGUAACUUAAAGAGGGGAACUUUAUUUGUUAUUUCUCUUGUUUAUCUGGUGGCUCUUGGGUAAAGUCGAAGUUGUAAAAAAAAUGAUGAUAAGAGGCUCCUUUUCUUAUCUUUCCAUGUUAAAAAUGUCCUUAGUACGUUACUUAUGACAGUGUUCUAUGUUUCUGUCGUAAUCCCCCUUUUAUGUAUGUGUGUGUGUAUGUAUAUACAUAUUGAUAGUUUCUCUCAAAUAAGAGAA